AUGUUACUGGUAUCACUAUGCCUUGGUAUACCUUUCCUUGUCCUAUCAGGCGUAUUCGACAGUAUUGCACUCUUCUAUCUGUUUCGCUUUCUUCUCGGAAUCACCAUAGCAGGAACUAUGUCCGUUGGAUGGGCAUUCUGUGCCGAAAUGAUCUCACCAAGGCAUCGAUUCAAGUUGAGAACUUUCACAAGCUGGACUAAUGGAAGAAUUAUUAUGUCUGUUCUCACCUAUCUUGGUAGAUCGACUUGGAGGCUGGCAUCAUACCUUAACGCAGCUGCAGCCUUGGUUACCCUGAGCAUCAUCGCGUUCUUGCCGGAAAGUCCGAUGUGGUGCAAAAGAAAGGAGAAAUUUGAGAAGGAACGGAAAGCCAAUGAACGAAUGGAUUGGAUCAAGGGAUUUGAACCCAAAAGCAAUAAGUCCGAAGGUUCAGAGAAAGAGGAUAAACCGGCUCUUAAACAACCUCCUCCAAUGACAAUGAUGGAGUUGCUGCAAGAUUCUCAGCUCCGCAUAAGCUUUUUCACGCUCGUCGUAAUGUGGUUUUGUGCUGGUCUGAGUACAUAUAGUAUUGAUUUGAACAGUGAGGACCAGACCAAAAAUCUUUGGGUGGGCCAAAUCGUCAAUGCAGGAUUAGCCUCAAUAGUGCGAGUGCUUGUUGGCAUUGCUGACGAUAGACUUCUCUGGCUAGGACGAAGGCUUGUGUACAUAUUGUCGAUGGGUACUUGCAUAUUUGCAGCCGCCGCUUUACUAUAUGAGAAUGUAAACGAUAUGAAGGGGACGCAUUUGUACUUCGCUACAUAUCUCUUAGCGUACAAUUCGAUUUCGGUAUCAUGGGAAACGAACUAUUUGAGUGCAGCCGAGUUAAUACCCACAGAAGCUCGAGCCAAAGUUUACGGCAAUACUCAACAUUGUAACAAGAAUCGGGAACAUUGCUGCUGCUCGAACGGUAGGCCUGUGCAAAUAGGAGUAGGCAAGUUUAAAGGCCAUUGGGAGCCCGGAAUCAUGAUUUACAAUCUUUGUUCGAACAUAUUCAGUUUCAUAAAUAACUCUUCAUUGUUUUCCCACAAGGGUGAGUUCUGCAACCAAAAAUUCUUGUCUCCCUAUGUCGAAAAAGGCUCCGCCGAGAAACCGCCUGGUGAUGCUGGUAAGAGCAAGGGUACAGAAACUAGCAAGGGAAGUAAAGAAGAUGCGAAGAAAGAUGAACCUGAAAGCGGUAAAGAGGAGGACAAGGCAGGAGAAGGUGCGGAAAAGAAGGAACCUGAAGAAGAGGUAGGAUCGGAUGAACCAAGUGAAACAUCAGAAGAAGGAGAAAAGUUCAACGUAGUGUCCGCAGCAACACCUAAGCGCCAAUAUGAUGUAGCUCGAGAAAGGCAGCAGGGUUCCAAAGACGAGAAAAAAGAUUCUAAAGAUGAGCCAGGAGGUUCCAAGAACGAACCGAAAGGCUCUAAAGACGAUUCAGAAAGUCCGAAGGAGGCUCCGAAACAAGUUGAGGAGAAGGCGGAUGCACCUAAGAAGGGGCCUCAAGAAAAGAGAGCUGAGGAUUAG